CUCGCCACAUCGCCGGGGAGCCAUCAUCUCCCGGGCUGACGGCGCUGGCUUAUCUCCGCCGGGAACUGCCCCCCUCCCGCAUAAAUACCGGCGGCGGGGAAGCCGCCGGCUCAGACGGGACGAUCGGCAGCGCAGCAGCAGCGAGGAGAGAGCCGAUUUCAGCGCCGAGAUGAGAGCCGUGGUGGUGGCCCUCGCCCUUCUCUGCCUGACGGGCACCCAGGCCCGUUACUUCUGGCAGCACGAUGAGCCCCAGGCGCCCCUGGACCGCCUCAAGGACAUGGUGGAAGUCUACCUGGAGACGGUGAAGGCCAGCGGCAAGGAAGCCAUCGCCCAGCUGGAGUCCUCCGCUGUGGGCAAACAGCUGGACCUGAAACUGAGCGACAACCUGGACACGCUGGGCGCCGCCGCCGCCAAGCUGCGGGAGGACAUGGCCCCUUACUACAAGGAGGUGCGGGAGAUGUGGCUGAAGGACACGGAGGCCCUGCGCCAGGAGCUCAGCAAGGACCUGGAGGAGGUGAAGCAGAAGAUCCGGCCCUUCCUGGACCAGUUCUCGGCCAAGUGGACGGAGGAGCUGGAGCAGUACCGCCAGCGCCUGGCCCCCGUGGCCCAGGAGCUGAAGGAGCUGACCAAGCAGAAGGUGGAGCUGAUGCAGGAGAGGCUGACCCCCGUGGCCGAGGAGGCGCGGGACCGGCUGCGCGGGCACGUGGAGGAGCUGCGCAAGAACCUGGCGCCCUACAGCGACGAGCUGAGGCAGAAGCUGAGCCAGAAGCUGGAGGAGAUCCGGGAGAAGGGCAUCCCCCAGGCCGCCGAGUACCAGGCUAAGAUGGUGGAGCACCUCAGCAACCUGCGCGAGAAGGUGACCCCCCUGCUGCAGGACUUCAAGGAGCGCCUCACCCCCUACGCCGAGAACCUCAAGACCCGCUUCAUCACCCUCCUGGAUGACCUCCAGAAGAGCGUGGCCUAAGCCGCCGGCCGGCGCAGCCAGGGACUGACCCCGGCCACGCCCCCUGCCCCUGCCCGGGCUGCUUCACCCCCGGGGGGGGCGCUCCAGGGAUGGGCCAGGGGAGCCCCGGGCCAGGCCAACCCCGGGGCGUCUUCCCUGGGGACCCCCUUCCUCCCCUCCCGCCGCCUCCCCUCCCCGAACCGGGGUCGGUCUCCGCUUUGCCUUCCUUUUGUCAAAUAAACAUCACUUAAGUUAUUGGA